GCCCCGCCGUGAGGGGCGGGCGGUCCCGCUGCCUCCUUUGAAGGGACCCAGGGGCGAAACCUUCCUCUGUUCCUAUUCCUUCCUUCCUUCCUUCCUUCCUUCCUUCCAUCCAUCCAUCCUCCGACCACGCCGGGGGAAAGCCCAGACAGGGGUUAAAAUGAAUGAAGAUCUGAAGGUUAAUUUGAGCUGGCUGCCUCAGGAUCAUGUAGAAGCCAGCUCUACCGAGAAUGCCUCAGCCGCAGGCUCCUCCCUGGUUCCUGUCGUAGACCCAGAGCCAGAGCUUUUGGUAAACCCCUGGGACAUUGUCUUGUGUACUUCAGGGACCCUUAUCUCCUGCGAAAAUGCCAUUGUGGUUCUUAUAAUUUUCCAUAAUCCCAGUCUUCGUGCCCCCAUGUUCCUCCUGAUAGGCAGCCUGGCGCUGGCAGAUCUCUUAGCGGGCAUUGGAUUGAUCAUCAAUUUUGUUUUUGCAUACCUUCUGCAAUCAGAAGCUACGAAACUGGUUACGAUUGGACUGAUUGUUGCCUCUUUCUCAGCAUCUGUUGGCAGCUUGCUGGCUAUUACUGUUGAUCGUUACCUCUCCCUGUAUUACGCUUUGACUUACAAUUCAGAGAGGACUGUCACUUUUACCUAUGUCAUGCUUAUAUUGCUCUGGGGAGCAUCUAUCUGUGUUGGACUGCUGCCUGUAAUGGGCUGGAACUGCCUCAGAGAUGAAUCCACCUGCAGUGUUAUCAGACCACUCACUAAAAAUAAUGCAGCAGUCCUUUCGGUCUCUUUCUUGCUUAUGUUUGCCCUCAUGCUGCAGCUCUACAUUCAAAUCUGUAAAAUUGUGAUGCGCCAUGCCCAUCAGAUUGCCUUGCAACACCAUUUCCUGGCCACUUCCCACUAUGUGACCACCCGAAAAGGAGUGUCUACUUUGGCCAUUAUUUUGGGGACUUUUGCUGCUUGCUGGAUGCCUUUUACACUCUAUUCUUUAAUAGCAGAUUACACCUAUCCUUCUAUAUACACCUAUGCCACCCUCCUGCCAGCUACCUACAAUUCCAUCAUCAAUCCUGUAAUAUAUGCUUUUAGAAACCAGGAGAUACAGAAAGCACUUUGGCUCAUCUGUUGUGGCUGUAUUCCUUCUAACCUGUCUCAGAGAGCAAGAUCACCCAGUGAUGUCUGAUUGGCAGCUAGGAGGACGCUCCUUAACAUGUUACUUUCCAGACAUUCUUGCGACACUGUCUUUGGUUUAGAUGCAUUCAUUAAAUGAUGUGUAAUGGGUUCAUAUAAAAACCACAGGAUGCACUGACCUUCUUGUAAACAGAAAACCCCAGUGACCAAAAUGAAUCAAGUGGUUUAAGGGAGAUUUCCAAAAUCAAAAUAAUCAGUGUUACAGAUUUAUAAUGUUACUCAGGGUCUUUUUGUUAUACUACCCAGACUUUGCCAUGAUUUCACAUUGUUUGCUAAUUAAAAUUAGGUUGAAACAGCAUACCUUCUUUGAAAUUGGUUGUGAUUGAGUUCAGUCAUGCUGCAUGUUACAGCCUGUUGUCAGGAUAUUUUUUCCCCCUAAUUAAUUUUAGAACAGGAAAAAAAACCAACAACAGACAAUGUUCUGUUACCCUGUUUGUAUAUCAUCAUAAUACUCUUCAAAAUAAUGGCCAAUUGUACUGAUUUAUGUGGUAUUUGUUGUAAUAAUCUCAGUGCAACAAAUUUACUCUAGGAGAGUAAGUACUUGUAUAGCUUUUUAUUUUAUGUCUCGGCACGAAUUAGUUUGAUAAUUGUUUUAAAGUGUUACCUGUUCUCUCCUGAGUUCUGGCAGGAUGUUAAAACAGAAGAUACACUUUGCCUUCCUUUUGAAAAGUCAGCCAUAUGUUUUCACUUAGCUAUGGGACAUCGGAGGUCGUUAUUAAUUUUAAAAAUAAUUCAGUGGGACGUUUUGAAAUUGAUGAAACAAUAUGGCCUCUUCUGGCUAUGCAUUUGUAAUAGAUGCAACACUAAGUUUCUCAGACAAGUUUAUCUUUUCAGAAGUGUAUAAGGAAAUAACUUACACGUUACUUGCAACACGUAUUUAGCAUGUACAUGAAAUGGUUCCCCUUAAGUUUGUUAUCAAGUCAAAGCUAUCACCGCUUUUUUUUGUUGUUCUGCUAUAUAACUUAAAAUACUGAGGUUUAUAAAUUCUCAAAGCAUAUCUGGUUCAUAAUUGUAUGCAACCAGAACUGCAACAUGAAACAAUAUUUUCUCCUUUUCUGGCAGUUUCAUCCAUUACAGAUUGUGAUUCUUCACACUGUACAUGUGUCAGUUCAGUUCAUUGUAGGAUGAUAGUUCCGGUCAAAAAAGCAGAGCUUUUCAAACCGCUUCUGACCUUUUACUGAAGCCACAUUAGAAUGCACUGGAAAUAAAACAUUGUUUUCUAAUUUGAAGAUUUGAUUGUCAGAGAAAAUCUUCCUGGCAGAUGCCUUCGUGAAACUUAAGGUCUGCCCUAAUGUCAGCACAUGGGAGUUUAUAGAACCGCUUCCAUUAGUGUUGAUGGGAGCUCAGUGUGUUAAUGCCCUGGCAUCAGUAGGAGGUUAUCACAGAAUUGCAUGUUUGUUAUAUUCCCUUGAAGGUCAAAGUCAGCAUACUGUAUUGUUGCUUCAAUAUAUUCCGUUACAGUUUUAAAAAACCCAACAAACUCAAGUGUAAAAAUAGCAAUAUUUACAAUUCAAUGAAAAAAAUAUACCUGUAUAGUAUAGAUAGUAGAGACAACCAUGUUGCUGGUCUGGAUUUUUCCAAAUGGAA